CAUUGAUCGACAUGGACCAAUGAAAGCGAGCCACCAAAUUAGACAUCGGCCAAUAGAAUCGCGCCUCGUCUACCGAUCGUCCAAUCAAUACCCAACACGAGUACUCUGCCAGAUAUAUUUUUGGUAUUUCGGAAAUUAUUUCAGCCAGUUUGUCAAAGAGAGUCAAUUGAAAGAGGUGUUUGAAUUUGCAAGUUUUAGGAGCGAUAUCUCAUAAAUUAUUGAAGAUUUUUAAUAUUUGUGAUUUCCUGUGUGUGCAUUAACUAAAUAUUGUGUUCAGAUUGAAGUCCAAAAUGAAGUUGCAGCUAUGCUUAGGGGUGCUGUGCCUCCUAGUAGCAGUUUUUGCUAAGGAGGACAAGAAGGAAAAAGAUGAUGUGGGCACAGUUAUUGGUAUUGAUUUAGGAACAACAUAUUCAUGCGUGGGUGUAUACAAGAACGGGCGAGUGGAGAUAAUAGCAAACGACCAAGGUAACAGGAUCACCCCCUCGUACGUGGCGUUCACGGCGGACGGUGAACGUCUGAUCGGUGACGCAGCCAAGAAUCAGCUGACCACCAAUCCUGAAAACACCAUCUUCGACGCGAAGCGUCUGAUUGGUCGCGAAUUCAACGACGCUAACGUCCAGCAUGACAUCAAACUGUUCCCCUUCAAGGUCAUCGAGAAGAACAGCAAACCGCACAUCCAGGUGGAAACCAGUCAAGGCACCAAGGUGUUCGCCCCCGAGGAAAUCUCCGCUAUGGUCCUCGGCAAGAUGAAGGAGACUGCCGAAGCGUACCUGGGGAAGAAGGUUACCCACGCUGUUGUGACUGUGCCAGCUUACUUCAAUGAUGCUCAGAGACAGGCUACCAAGGAUGCAGGUAUCAUCGCCGGUUUGAACGUGAUGCGUAUCAUCAACGAGCCGACCGCAGCCGCUAUCGCGUACGGUUUGGACAAAAAGGAUGGCGAGAAGAACGUCUUGGUGUUCGAUUUGGGCGGUGGUACUUUCGAUGUAUCCCUUCUGACGAUCGAUAACGGCGUGUUCGAGGUAGUCGCCACCAAUGGAGAUACCCAUCUGGGAGGUGAGGACUUUGACCAGAGGGUCAUGGAUCACUUCAUCAAGCUGUACAAGAAGAAGAAGGGCAAGGAUAUCAGGAAGGAUAACAGAGCUGUACAGAAACUGAGGAGGGAAGUCGAAAAAGCAAAGAGAGCAUUGUCCGCCAGCCACCAAGUUAGGAUCGAGAUCGAAUCAUUCUUCGAUGGCGAGGACUUCUCAGAAACGUUGACCAGAGCCAAGUUCGAGGAGCUGAACAUGGACCUGUUCCGAUCCACGCUGAAACCCGUGCAGAAGGUACUCGAAGAUGCCGACAUGAACAAAAAGGACAUCGAUGAGAUCGUAUUGGUCGGUGGGUCCACGCGUAUCCCCAAGAUCCAGCAGUUGGUGAAAGACUUCUUCGGUGGCAAGGAACCUUCCCGGGGUAUCAACCCUGAUGAAGCUGUGGCGUAUGGAGCUGCCGUGCAAGCUGGAGUCCUGUCCGGAGAGCAAGAUACUGAUGCUAUUGUGCUGCUUGAUGUCAACCCACUGACCCUUGGUAUCGAAACUGUUGGAGGUGUGAUGACCAAGCUGAUCCCAAGAAACACCGUCAUCCCCACGAAAAAAUCCCAGAUCUUCUCCACAGCGUCUGACAAUCAGCACACAGUCACCAUCCAAGUAUACGAAGGCGAGAGACCCAUGACCAAGGAUAAUCAUCUGCUCGGCAAGUUUGAUCUGACAGGAAUCCCACCAGCGCCCAGAGGAGUGCCCCAGAUCGAGGUUACGUUCGAAAUUGAUGCCAACGGUAUCCUGCAGGUGUCGGCUGAAGACAAAGGUACUGGCAACAGGGAAAAGAUCGUGAUCACCAACGACCAGAACCGCCUGACUCCCGAUGACAUUGACAGGAUGAUCAGGGAUGCCGAGAAGUUCGCCGACGAGGACAAGAAACUGAAAGAACGCGUCGAAGCGAGGAACGAACUCGAAAGCUACGCUUACUCCCUCAAGAACCAGCUCAGUGACAAGGACAAGCUUGGAGCCAAACUGUCAGAUGACGAAAAAACCAAGAUGGAGGAGGCGAUUGACGAGAAGAUUAAGUGGCUGGAAGACAAUCAGGAUACGGAGGCGGAAGAGUACAAGAAACAGAAGAAGGAGCUGGAAGAUAUUGUGCAGCCCAUCAUUGCCAAACUGUACCAAGGUGAGUAGUUUCUCGAGUAUAUGAUUACAUUUUGUUUUUUGUUAUAUUGAUUUCAAGCUACUAUAAGUGGCAUAGAUGUCAGUACGCGGUUGAUUCUGUAUAAAAAAAAAUCAUUCAGUCAUACAGAGAUGCUUCCUAUGGAUACAGGGUGAUCAAAAUAUAAUAAAGGACUUGACAACUUUCCUUUUAAUUAAAACGCAAACCAUUUGAGAUAUCUCGAAAAUUUUAUUAUUGGAUUGAAUUAUACUCGAAACAUUAAUGUAUGGAAUUCGACCUCGUUCGUAUGUCCACCACGGACCCGUUUGCAGCGAUCGAUUAGUCGAACCCAAUUUUCAAUGACUCGGCCACACAUUUCGACAGAAACGGCCUCUAUCUCUUAUUCAAUAUUGGCUCUGAGCUCCUCUAACGAUGCGCUGGCUUGUUGGCAUAGACCAAUGACUUAAUAUAGCCCCACAAAAAAAGUCUAGAGGUGUUAAAUCCACGAUCUAGGAGGCCAUUCGACAGGACCAUAACACGUUCACCGAAUUUUGAUUUCAAUAUGUCGAUUGUUUCACCCGCUGUGUGGCUUGUGCCACUGUCUUGUUCAAAUCACAUAUCGUUAAUGUCUAGCCCAUUCAAUUGACCAAAAAAGUAACGUUGCAACAUGCCUCUGUAGCGAUCUACAUUGACUGUGACGUGGCGGUCAUUUUCAACGAAGAAAACGACUCAAUGACACCACCGGCACGAAAACCACACCAUUCAGUUAUUUUUUGCGGAUGAAGUGGUGUCUCUUGAAGCACAAGAGGGUUUUCACCGGACCAAUAACGCAUAUUCUGCUUGUGGACGAAGCCGUUUAACCAAAAAGGCGCAUCAUCACUGAAGAUGAUUUUGCGAUCAAACGCAACGUUUCUAGAGCCCAAUUCGAGAACGUAAGUCGGUUCAUAUGAUCGAACGGCUUUAGUUGUUCUUAUAAGGGUGCAGGCCAAGAUCUUUUCGCAAAAUUUACCAUGGUGUCUCAGCGAUGCCCAAUUCUUGAGAACGCCGUGUUCUGUUCUUUUGCGACGGCAGCUUGAACGGCAGCAAUAUUCUCGGCACUUCGACCAACCCGUUGUCUCAUUGGCACGGGAACAUCCAGCAGCGAAUGUGUGGACUGAAAUUUUUUUACUAGACUAUGAAUUGCUUCUCUACUGGAACGAGAAUUACGUUAAAAAAAUUGGCGUAAACGCUCCUAAAGUUGCAGCCACCGACUCGGAAUUUCGGUAGUAAAUUUUAGUUAUUUGUAAGCGUUGUUCGUUCGUGUACUUCACGAUGAUGAAAAUGUUUUGUCAUUGACAGUUAGGUAAUUGAUAUAAAGAUGCGUUCUCAGUGAAAGUUCAAAGUUGUCAAGUCCUUAUUGGAAAACCCGAUAUAUAACUGAUUAAUAUCACAUAAAGCUCAAAUCUGCACAAACCUGAAACUUCUUUAUUUCUUUUUCGAUUACUUUUAAGAGCUAUUCCGAGAAAGAUUGCUUGAUUUGCCGGUAAAAAGAAAUAAACCAAAUCGUCCCAAUUUUAUCAUCAAAUUGCUAAAUAGAUUCGAUCAGCAAAAAAAAUAUUUCUGACAUCGAUAACAGUUUGUGAUGAGACCUCUUGUGAAAUGAAAAUUUAUAUCUUCCCUUGAACGUUCCUCGAGGAAGCGUCAUUGUUUCACUAUUUCCAAGGAAAGAUCCAUUGUUUCCAAGAAAGCCUCAAGGAAAUAUUAUAACUCUGACUGUAAGUUACGUAACUUGAAGCUAAACCAGCGAUUAAAAAACAGUCACACAGCUAGAGAAGUUGAUGGUUUGGGAAGACUGUUUUCAGGGAGUCUGAAUUCCUCAUUAGGUGAUAUCAUCUGCCCCCCCAAGAUCAUCCGAUUUAGCAGCUCAAAAUUUUUUUUUGUGGGGAUUACUAAUACAUAAGAUGUGUUAAUACUGCUAAUAAAACAAGCACGAUGCAUAAGCGAUUCAAAACAUUCCUACCGAAACGUACGAAAAAGUGGUGGAAAACUUAAACCAGAGGGCAUCUUCUGUGAUACAAUUUGAUCAUAAUGUGAAAUUUUUUUGUUGGUAUUGUGUUCAAUGCUUUUUCGUUAUUUUCAGGAGCUGGAGGUGCUCCACCACCGUCUGGCGGCAGCAGUGAAGACGACGAGUUGAAGGACGAGUUGUGAGGUGAUCUCUAGGCAAUAAAAGACUGAAACAAACUGAUUAAAUGAUGGAUGUGUGUGAUUGUGCAUGUGCGCGUGAUUUCCAUUUCGUUGAACGUCUUUCCGUACAACUGUUGUUUUGUAUUAUUUUUGCCUUAAAGGUAAAUUAAUUUAUUAAGUCAUUCAGCACCGACAAGGAAGUCGAACUUUUAUUUAUUGUAAGUUUUUAUCGGGUUGCUCGUCUGUGCUCGAUGACAGUGAUUUUUUUCAAUAAAAUGAAAAAAAUACAA